AUGUCCAAACAAAGUAUUGCCACCUUUCUUACAUUACCAGUAGAACUUGUCUACCGAAUACUGGAUCAUCUAGAUAAUUUUAUGAUUCUAUGUCCAAUGAGCAUUGUGUGUCAACGGUUCAACAGCAUCGUUAACAGUUAUGAUCGAUUUCAGACGCUUGCCACACUGAAUCUUCAACAUAGUCGAUUGAAAGCCGAUGCAGCAAAACGUUUGGCUGAUGCGUUACGACAUAACACAACACUCACCACACUGAAUCUGGAAGAUUGUGAACUCGGAGAUGUUGGAGCACAGUAUUUAGGUGAUGCAUUACGAUAUAACACAACGCUCACCACACUAGUUUUCAAAGGUAAUCAGAUCAGUGCUGUUGGAGCACAUCAUUUUGGUAUUGCAUUACAAUAUAACACGACACUCAUCAGGCUAAGUCUGGCAGAAAACGUAAUCGGUAAUAUUGGAGCACAUCAUUUUAGUUUUGCAUUACGAAAUAACACGACGCUCACGACUCUAGAUCUCAAGUUUAACGGAAUUGGAGAUGAUGGAGUACUGCAUAUUGGUUAUGCAUUACGACAUAAUACGACACUCACCUCACUAGAUCUGUCAGGUAAUAAAAUCGGACAUGAUGGAGCACAGUAUUUCGGUGAUGCAUUACGAUAUAAUACGGUAAUUCUCUUAUUCCCUUCAUCUUUGUCAACACCUUAUCCUUACUUUUUUAUCCAGACGCUCAGCGCACUAUAUCUCGGAGGUAAUCAAAUCGGUACUGUUGGAGCACAGUAUUUUGAAGAUGCAUUACGACAUAACAUGACACUCACCGCGCUAGAUCUCGGUCGUAACUUUAUCGAAUAUGUUGGAGCACAACAUUUGGGUGAUGGAUUACGAUAUAAUUCAACACUCGCCACACUAAAUCUCACACGUAAUCAUAUCGGAGAUGUUGGAGCACAAUAUUUGGCUGCUGGACUACGACAUAAUAUAACACUCAGCACACUAAAUCUUCGACAUAAUGAAAUCGGAGCUGUUGGAGCACAACAUUUGGCUGAUAUAUUACGAUACAACAGAGUAAUUACCAUUCUCUCUUCAUUUAUACCAUGUCUUUGUCUGUAA